CUACCAAAAAGUCAACAAAUUAGAAAGGUCGACAUAAUACCGCGUAGAAUGCAAUAAAAAUAAUGGUUUUCAUCAACUAAACAUUGCUUAAUUUUUCUUUCUUUUCUGAGAAAAUAUCAUUGUAGAAAAAUCAAGCUAUGACUUUUUGAGUUAUUACAAUUAUUAUGAUAAGACACAGUUUACUUUGAAUGGUGCAACGUUUGAUGUUUCUUGAGUCUGCAACUUCAUGAUAUCAAUAUAUGUUCCUUCAAUUCUUCAUCUAUCUUGUGUGAUUGUAAUUAACAGUAAAGAUCAAUGAGAAUUACAUUGGUUUCAUUUCUUUCUUUUAUUCUCUUUUACUGCAUAUAUAUCAAUAUCCAUAUCUCUUUUGUCUCUGGAAUAUGUCUUGAUGAUCAACAAUCAUUGCUGCUUCAAUUAAAGAACAAUCUAAAAUUCAAUUCAAAAAGUUCUCACAAACUGAAGUUCUGGAAUUCAAGCAUUGAUUGUUGUGAUUGGAAUGGUGUAGCUUGUGACAAUAGGGGAUUUGUUAUUGGUCUUGAUCUGAGUGAAGAAUCAAUCACUGGUGGAUUUGAUAAUACAAGUAGUCUUUUUAGUCUUCAAAAUCUUCAGAAAUUGAACUUGGCUGCUAACAAUUUCAGUUCUGCUAUUCCACCAGGAUUCAACAAGUUGGUGAUGUUGAGUUAUCUGAAUUUGUCAUAUGCUAACUUUGUGGGGCAGAUUCCUUUAGAGAUUUCUCAGCUUACAAGGUUGGUAACUCUAGAUAUCUCUUCUCUUAGUUAUUUAAUAGGACAAGGGCUGAAACUUGAGAAUCCAAAUCUUCAAAGCCUUGUCCAAAAUCUCACAAGUAUUAGGCAGUUGUAUCUGGAUGGUGUAAUUAUAUCAGCAAAAGGGCAUGAAUGGAGCAAUGCUUUGUUGCCGUUACAUGGUCUAGAAGAACUGACCAUGUCUAACUGUAAUUUAACAGGACCUCUUGAAUCAUCUCUGUCAAGACUAGAGAAUCUAUCGAUCAUUAUUCUCGAUGGAAACAAUUUUUCUUCCCCAGUGCCUGAAACAUUUUCCAAUUUCAGAAAUUUGACUACCCUUAGUCUUGAAUCAUGUGGAUUGACUGGUAAGUUUCCGCAGAAAAUCUUCCAACGGGGAACAUUGUCAUUUAUUGACUUAACAUUCAACACCAAUCUCCACGGUUCAUUUCCGGAAUUUCCAUCCAGUGGAGAUCUCCAGACCUUAAGGGUAAGUAUGACAAGCUUCUCUGGAGCAUUUCCAUAUACCAUUGGUAACAUGAGGCACUUAUCUGAAUUGGAUCUUUCUAAUAGCAAUUUUAAUGGAAUACUUCCCAAUUCAUUGUCAAACCUUAUAGAACUUAGAUACAUAGAUUUGUCAUUUAACAGCUUCACAGGUCCAAUACCAUCAUUUGGCAUGGCAAAAAACCUUGCACACUUAGACCUUUCCCAUAAUCGCUUAAGUGGUGCCAUUCCAUCAUCUUCCCAUUUUGAAGGACUGCAUAGUCUUGUCAGCAUUAACUUGCGUGAUAAUUCCAUCAAUGGGAGCAUUCCUUCAUCCCUUUUUGCACUCACGUUGCUACAAGAGAUUCAGCUUUCAUCCAAUCGGUUUAGUAAAUUUGACGAAUUCAUAAAUGUGUCUUCCUCUGUAAUUAACACCCUUGAUUUAAGUAGCAAUAAUCUAUCAGGGUCUUUUCCAACAUCUAUCUUCCAGCUUCGUUCACUUUCUGUCCUCGAUCUUUCCUUUAACAGGUUGAAUGGAUUGCUGCAGUUAGAUGAGCUUUUGAAGCUAAGAAAUUUAACUGCACUAGACCUUUCAUACAACAACAUAUCAAUCAAUGUGAAUGUUGAAAAUGCUGAUCAUACUUCCUUUUCCAAUAUUAGUACUCUAAUGUUGGCAUCCUGCAACCUGAAAACUUUCCCUAGUUUCUUGAGAAACAAAUCCAGAUUGAACAUUCUAGACCUUUCAAAUAAUCAAAUUCAUGGAACAGUGCCCAACUGGAUAUGGAAGCUACAAAAUCUUCAAAACCUUAAUGUUUCUCACAAUAUGCUCACUGAUUUUGAAGGCCCUUUGCAAAACAUCACUUCAAAGUUGAUAGCCCUUGACCUUCAUAAUAACCAAUUGAAAGGUCCAAUUCCUGUUUUUCCUGAAUUUGCUUCUUAUUUGGAUUACUCAAUGAACAAAUUUGAUUCUGUUAUCCCACAAGACAUCAGUAACUACCUGGCUUUCACAACUUUUCUCUCGCUCUCAAAUAAUACUUUACAAGGCAGUAUCCCUCAUUCCCUCUGCAAUGCUUCAAAUCUUCAAGUGCUUGAUAUUUCCAUUAAUAGAAUUUCUGGAGCAAUUCCCUCAUGUCUAAUGAAAAUGACUCAAACCCUUGUGGUAUUAAAUUUGAAGAUGAACAAUCUCAUUGGUACUAUUCCAGAUGUGUUCCCACCUUCUUGUGUUCUAAGGACUCUUGAUCUACAAAAGAAUAACUUACAUGGACAGAUUCCAAAAUCUCUUGUGAAAUGCUCAGCAUUAGAAGUGUUAGACCUUGCACAAAACAACAUCAUUGACAUAUUUCCAUGUUUGUUGAAGAACAUAUCCACAAUCCGUGUCAUAGUCUUGCGCAAGAACAAAUUCUAUGGUCGCAUCGGAUGUCCAAAAACCCAUGGAACUUGGCCCAGACUUCAGAUAGUUGAUCUAGCCUUUAACAACUUCAGUGGAAAACUACCCGGAAAAUGCUUCACAACAUGGGAGGCAAUGAGGUCUGAUGAAAAUCAAGCUGAUUGUAAGGUAAAACACGUCCAAUUUGAGGUUCUCCAAUUUGGCCAGAUAUAUUAUCACGAUUCAGUGACAGUUACAAGCAAAGGUCAACAGAUGGAGUACGUUAAAAUUUUAACAGUCUUCACAGCCGUCGACCUCUCAUCCAACCAUUUUGAAGGCGAAAUACCAAAACAGUUAUUCGACUUUAAAGCACUCUAUGUACUCAACUUGUCAAACAAUGCACUUUCUGGCCAAAUUCCAUCUUCCAUUGGAAAUCUGAAGCAGCUUGAGUCCUUAGAUCUAUCAAACAACUCACUGGACGGAGAAAUUCCCACACAGAUUUCAACUCUUUCUUUCCUAUCAUUCUUGAACCUCUCUUUUAAUCAACUUUCCGGAAAAAUCCCAACAGGUACACAACUUCAAUCAUUUCCAGAAACUUCUUUCAUUGGUAAUGAAAAACUAUAUGGCCCUCCUUUGCCAACAAACAACAGCAACAAUAAAAUCCGACCGACAACAGAAUCUGUCAUGAAAUUUGAUUGGCAGUAUGUAUCCACUGGAAUUGGUUUCGGAGUUGGAGCUGGAGUGGUUUUCGCACCAAUGAUGUUUUGGGAGAGAGGCAAGAAAUGGAGCAAUGGCAUCAUAGACAAAAUUCUCAUGGCAAUUCUUCCAUUAUUUGGAUUGGUUUAUACUCCAGUUGAUGAUGAUGAAGAAGAUGACACAAAAGAGGACCCAAAUAUGACAGAUGACAGUGAAUACAAUGAAGAGGAAGAUUAUUGGAGUUAUCCAAGAUUGUAUUGUGUGUUUUGUUCCAAAUUUGACAACAAUAAGAAAAAGGUUAUUCAUGAUCCAAAUUGCACAUGCUUCCACUCAUCACCAGGUUCAAAUUCAACAGAUUAUUCAGAUUCAUAUUCUUAUUAGUCACAUACAAAAGAUGAAAACUUGAUUUUUUGUUUUUGCUUUUUUUUUUUUGCUUGUCAUUAUUCUUUUCCUCUGAAUGCAUACAUGUAUAUGUAUAUGUAUAUUGUAUAUAAACACACAAAAUCAUUCCAAUUGUGGCAAUCUAUGAAGCACUGACACACACAUGAUACGACAAUAAAACAUACAUGUAGAUACUGAUAAAAAAUUAAAAAAUAUAUUUGAUUUAGUAUAACUACAUGCGUCAGUGUCGUGUUGGCGGCCAACUUCAACAUUAGUCGGACAAGGGUCGCGCCUUUAAUCUGAAGUGUCAGUGCUACAUAAUGUACAGCCUUAUGUUGUAAACUGUGAUGAUAAAAAAAGGUUAAAUGUUCAGUCAGGAUUUUCAUCAAA